AUGGACGAUCAUAUUGAUGACUCCAGCAGCACCAACCUGAUCAUCAACUACCUGCCCCAGACAUUGACGGAUGAGGAGUUCCGGUCCAUGUUUCUCAGUGUUGGCCCUGUCAAAAGUUCCAAGAUCGUCCGCGACAAGGCAACAGGCUACAGCUAUGGUUUUGGGUUUGUGGAUUUCCAGCAUGCUGCAGACGCACAGCGAGCGAUCGAAACACUGUCUGGCUUGCAGAUACAGAAUAAAAGAAUCAAAGUUGCCCUAGCUAGACCCGGCGGUGAGCAGAUCAAGGGAGCAAACCUGUACGUCCGCAAUCUGCCUCAGCAUUGGAAGGAAUCUGAAUUGAAUAGAUUAUUUGAUCCAUACGGAAAAAUCAUCCAGUCUCGCGUGCUUGUGGAUUUGUCGACUGGCAUCAGCAAACGUGUGGGAUUUGUCUUGUAUGACACCAGGGAUGAGGCGGACAAUGCUAUCAAGUGUUUGAGUGGGAAGACCCCCGAUGGAUGCACAGAGCCCAUCAUGAUUAAGUUUGCAGAUGAUAACAGUAAGAAGAAGUCACCUGUGCAGUACGUACCUGUGCCCACCUUUGCUGCCCCGGGUCCCAUGCGGAACCAGAUGAACCGGUUCCAGCGGUUCAACCCAAUGGCCGGCAACUUUAGUAGCCAGAGCACUGGAGCUCCACAAGCUCAGCUAACAGGCUACACCUUGUUCGUGUACAACAUUGGCUUCCAGGCAACCGACCGCACCCUUUGGCAGCUGUUCUCUCCCUUUGGCACAGUGCAGAAAGUCAAUGUGAUGAUGGACCAUGAGAAGCACCAGUGCAAGGGCUUUGGGUUUGUGACCAUGACCAAUUACCAGGAGGCCCAGAAUGCUGUCAACUGCCUUAAUGGAUACUUCUUCCAAGGACGAGUACUUCAGGUCAGCUUCAAAGGACAGAACCAGACAGGACCUAGUUAG